ACUUGGUGACUAAAAUUGAAGCAGAACCAAUUGUUAAUGGGUGACACUGGAGCAGACCUCUUCCCCUUUGCCCCUGCAAUAACUCUUCUUUACCCUUCCAUUUUCCCACUGUUUUCCCCUUGCUCCUUCAAACCUCCAUAGCUUGUAUUCCCUUUCCGCCUUUUCCCAUUCUCCUUCGUUUUUUCUACACUCUCCCGUUCCUCUUCCCACUUGCCUUUGCUUCAUUCCUUCUGCCCUCCACAAUCUCCUCUCUUUCUUCUUUUCCUUCUUUGCCCCAUCUCAUCUUCUUUUUGCCACUUACACAAACCUCCCAUUCCUCUCCCAAAUGCCCCUUGCUUCCACUACUACUCAUUCCCCUCUCGUUUGCCCCUCCCAUUGUCCCUUCGCUACACCCCACCGUCCAGCGACCGCCGUCAUUCGGCUCCGCCCGCGCCCUGCUUCCGUCCCCGGCGACCGCGGGAUGAGCGAGUCCGAGGCCUCGGCCCCGGCCCCGGCCCCGGUGCCGCAAGAGCAGGCGGUGCUGGAGACCUUCUUCUCGCAGCUCGGCGUCUUCUCACACGACCGCGCCAAGGAUUACGUGGAGCGGGAGAAGGAGAGCAGCAAGAGUGCGGGCCCGAGCUGGGGCGCCCUGCUGACGGCCCUCGGGCACCUGGCGGCCGCCGAGAAGGCCUAUCAAAGCAUGGGCUUCCUGGGCCAGAAACUAGGCGGGCAAUCAUUCUUCAGUCGGAAGGAUUCCAUUCGAAAUAUCUACACCAGCAUCCAAAAUGAACUGCGCAAGCUGGUCGCUUUUGGGAAGGGUUCGACGGCUAGCAACUCAUCCCACCUGGAUGUGCUUCUCUGCCACCUCUCUGAGCAGCUCUGUGAUUUCAUCCAGGCCCGAAUGGAAAUUGCCGAGUUCUACGAGAAAAUAUACUCUCUCAGCACACAGAAGUCCAUCCAUUCCAUGGAGUUGGUGGACACACUGGAAUCUAUCGUACAGAAGUAUAGCUCCAGGUUCCAUCACCCAAUCCUGAGCCCUCUGGAAAGCUGCUUCCAUCUGGAGGUGGAUGUGCUCAGCCAGCUGCUGAAGGCUCAGGCCGAGAUCAGCGAAUGGAGGUUUCUCCCUUCUCUGCUCAACUUGCACGGCGCCCACUCCAAACUGCAGAGCUGGGGCCAGAUGUUUGAGAAGCAGCGAGAGACCAGGAAGCACCUGUUUGGGGGCCAGACCCAGAAGGCCCUCCAGCCACCUCACCUCUUCCAGUGGCUGGCCAGGCUGAAGAACGCUCUCUUGGCCAAAUUCAGCUUCUACUUUCAUGAGGCCCUGAGCCGCCAGACCACCCCAUCAGAGAUGAAGGCUCUGACCACCAAGACCAACCCCGACUACUGCGGCAAGAUCUCCAGCUUCAUCCGUAAGUACGACGCCCAGAAUGUUUCCCUCAUCUUUGAUAACCGGGGUUCGGAGACCUUCCAGGGGCAUGGCUACCACCACCCCCACUCAUACAGAGAAGCCCCUAAGGGAGUGGAUCAGUACCCAGCAGUAGUCUCUCUGCCCAGUGAUCGGCCUUUGAUUCAUUGGCCCAGUGUCAUCAUGAUCAUGACAGACAGUGCAAUGGAGCUCAACACUUUGGAAAAAGUGGUCCAUUUCUAUGACGACAAGGUCCAGAGCACCUACUUCCUCACGCGCCCUGAACCACAGUUCACCCUUGUGGUGAUCUUCGACUCCAGGAAGUCAGAGAAGGAUUCCCACUUUCUCUCUUUCCUCAACGAGCUCUCCGGCUCCUUGAAGAACAGCAAGCCAUUUGCCAGUUUGAAACCCGGUUCAAAGGGCUGAUGCCAAUACCAUGUCGGACAGUGACUCACUACUGUGCAUUACAGAACCAAUGACAUUUGUAUGAAGAACUUCGGAUGUGGAUGUUCGAUCUGCACUCAGCUAGGAAAUGCAGACCUUUUGCCAAGUACGGUUGCUGCCGUUUCAUUCUAAUACUCACUGACAUAAUGAUUCCAUUUUCCCUAGUAACUUAUAACUGUGAAAUAAAAAAACAACUCAACUCUUUGCAAAGCAUGAGGUUUAAUCCGAGGUGUUAUUUGAAAAUGAAAGGAUACGUUUACAAUGCAUUUAAAUACAGAGGAGGAAACAACGGAUGCUGCUUGAUCCACCGAGUUCUUCCAGAUGAUUAUUUGUUGUUUGCCAUUGCAAGCAUGCAAGGAAUUGAAACAGAAACCAGUCCCUUGAGCCUGCCUCUUCUUUCAGCCAGGUAUUCACUGCCAUUGACAACUUCUCUCUGACUUCUCCCUCAUGAUCCAUCUGUCUGUGAAGUUCUUUUCUGAGUAAUAACUUGUACACUUUGGUUUGGAAUAGAGCAUCCAAGUUGUUAAGAGAGCAUAUAGUUUGUUGCCCUUCAUUAGUCAGGGGAUUGAUUUCAAAAGCUGUUAGGUGAUUUUGCUGCUCCAAGAAUCCCUAGAUAUACCACGCUGUGUUCCGUUCUGGUCACAUCAUUAUAGGAAGGGGCUUUGGAGAGGGUGCUGAGGAGAUUUACCAGGAUGCUAUGUGGACUAGAGAGCACGUCUUAUGAGGAUAGGUUGAGCGAGCUAGGACUUUUCUCUUUAGAGAGAAAGAGGAUGAACAGUGACUUGAUGGAGAUGCACAGAGAGUAAGAGGCACAGAUAGAGUGGACAGCCAGAGAGUUUUUCCCAGGGCAAAAAUGGUUAAUACUUGGGGUACAUUGGAGCCCUAUUAAGGUGACUGGAGGAAAGUAUGGGAAGAUGGCUCAGGUAGUUAUUUUUUACACAGAGAGUUGUGAAUGCAUGGAAUGUGCUGCCCUGCCAGGGAUGGUGAAAGAGACAGAUACAGGGCAGGGGUUCCCCAUCUUUUUAUGCCAUGGAUCCUUACCAUUAACUGAAUGUACUAUGCUGUAAUGUUCUGUUUUUACUCCGAGCUUUUCCAGCCCAAGGGAACGUUCUCUGCCCCUCAACUCCUUUUAGAAUCUUCACUAUUUCAUUGAGGACACCUGUCAUUCUUCUAAACUAUCAGCAGCGUCAUAGUUCAGCCUCGUAUAGAGCAUAUGUUGACAGAGGUCAUGGGGAAGGGUCACAAGAGAAAUCUGUUGGAAACUGAAAUUCAAACGUAUUUUGAGCCUACGGACAGUUGUUUUAAUACUUGACCCAAAUCUGGCAGUGUAUAUUCAGUAUCAUUAGACUUGAGUCAGGUAUCUGGGGUCUUAGCGAAGCACUAAGCCUUAGAACAGUUAUUUAUAAAGAGUUGGCCAAACCCAUCAUGACCCAAAGUGUAUCCUAUUGGUCUUGUAUCAGAUAAUGUGCCUCUUAUUUGAUAGUGUGCUAAUGGAUAGGUAACUAGCGUGAUGCAACUGGAAACACAUAGGAUUCUGCAGAUGCUGGAAAUCCAGAGCAACACUCACAAAAUGCUGGAGGAACUCAGCAGAUCAGGCAUCAUCUAUGGAGAGGAAUAAAUAUCCAAUAUUUCAUGAUAAAACUCUUCAUGAGUCCAGGAAAGAUAGGUAGGGAGGGGAAAGGACUACAAGUUUGAAGGUGUUAGGUGAGACCAAGUGGGAGAGAAGGUGAGUGGGUGGGAGAGAGGUGAUGUAGUGAGAAGCUGGGAGGUGACAAGAGGAAGAGGUAAAGCAUUGAAGAAGAAGAAAUCUGAUAGGAGAGGACAGUGGACCAUGGAUGAAAGGGAAGGAGGAGGGGUGCCAAAGGGAAGUGAUGGGCAGGUGAGGAGAAGAGAAGUGGUGAAGGGUGAUCAGGUAACCAGAAUGGGGAAUGGAUAAAGAGAGAAGGGGCUGGGGUGGAGAAGUUACCAGAAGUUAGAGAAAUCAAUGUUCAUGUUGUCAGGUUAGAGGCUAUCCAGACAGAAUAUGAGGUGUUGCUCCUCCAACUUGAGUGUGUCCUCAUCAUAGCAGUAGAGGAAGCCAUGGACAUAUGUGUUAGAACAUAGAACAUAGAACAGUACAGCACAGCACAGUACAGGGCCUUCGGCCCACAAUGUUAUGCCGACCCUUAAACCCCGCCUCCCAUAUAACUGCCCCCCCACCUUAAAUGCCUCCAUAUACCUGUCUAGUAGUCUCUCAAAUUUCACUAGUGUAUCUGCCUCCACCACUGACUCAGGCAGUGCAUUCCAUGCACCAACCACUCUCUGAGUAAAAAACCUUCCUCUAAUAUCCCCCGUGAACUUCCCACCCCUUACCUUAAAGCCAUGUCCCCUUGUAUUGAGCAGUGGUGUCCUGGGGAAGAGGCGCUGGCUGUCCACUCUAUCUGUUCAUCUUAAUAUCUUGUAUACCUCUAUCACGUCUCCUCUCAACCUCCUUUUCUCCAGAGAGCAAAGCCCUAGCUUCCUUAAUCUCUGAUCAUAAUGCAUACUCUCUAAACCAGGCAGCAUCCUGGUAAAUCUCCUCUGCACUCUUUCCAGUGCUUCCACAUCCUUCCUAUAGUGAGGCGACCAGAACUGGACACAGUACUCCAAGUUCUGCAUCAUUACCCUGCGACUCUUAAACUCUAUCCCUCGACUUAUGAAAGCUAACACUCUAUAAGCUUUCUUAACUACCCUAUCUACCUGUGAGCAACUUUCAGGGAUCUGUGGACAUGUACCCCCAGAUCCCUCUGCUCCUCCACACUUCCAAGUAUCCUGCCAUUUACUUUGUACUCUGCCUUGGAGUUUGUCCUUCCAAAGUGUACCACUUCAUACUUCUCCAUGUUGAACUCCAUCUGCCACUUCUCAGCCCACUUCUGCAUCUUAUCAAUGUCUCUCUGCAAUCUUCGACAAUCCUCUACACUAUCCACAACACCACCAACCUUUGUGUCAUCUGCAAAUUUGCCAACCCACCCUUCUACCCGCACAUCCAGGUUGUUAAUAAAAAUCAUGAAAAGUAGAGGUCCCAGGACCUACCCUUGUGGGACACCACUAGUCACAACCCUCCAAUCUGAAUGUACUCCCUCCACCAUGGCCCUUUGCUUUCUGCAAGCAAGCCAAUUCUGAAUCCAUUUGGCCGAACUUCCCUGGAUCCCAAGCAUUCUUCAAAUCCUUCCACCUCCUUCAUUCUUCAGUCCUGACAAAGGGUUCCGGCCAGAAACGUCGACUCAUCAUUUCCACUGAUGCUGCCCGACCUGCUGAGUUUAUCCAGCGUACUGUAGGUGUUGCCUUGAUCAAAGCAUCUGCAGAUUAUUUUGUGUUUCUCAUGCCUUCUGACUUUCUGAAUAAGCCUACCGUGUGGAACCUUGUCAAAUGCCUUACUAAAAUCCAUGUAGAUCACAUCCGCUGCACUACCUUCGUCUAUAUGCCUGGUCACCACCUCAAAGAACUCUAUCAGGCUUGUUAGACAUGAUCUGCCCUUCACAAAGCCAUGCUAACUGUCCCUGAUCAGACCAUGAUUCUCUAAAUGCCCAUAGAUCCUAUCUCCAAGAACCUUUUCCAACAGCUUUCCCACAGACGUAAGGCUCACUGGUCUGUAAUUACCCGGACUAUCUCUACUACCUUUUUUGAACAAAGGGACAACAUUUGCCUCCCUUCAAUCCUCCGGUACCAUUCCUGUGGACAACAAGGACAUAAAGAUCCUAGCCAGAGGCUCAGCAAUCUCUUCCCUUGCCUCGUGGAGCAGCCUGGAGAAUAUUCUGUCAGGCCCUGGGGACUUAUCUGUCCUAAUGUAUUUUAUCAACUCCAACACCUCCUCUCCUUUAAUAUCAACAUGCUCCAGAACAUCAACUUCACGCAUAUUGUCCUCACCGUCAUCAAGUUCCCUCUCAUUGGUGAAUACUGAAGAGAAGUAUUCAUUGAGGACCUCGCUUACUUCCACAGCCUCCUGGCACAUCUUCCCAUCUUUAUCUCUAAUCGGUCCUUUCUUCACUCCUGCCAUCCUUUUGUUCUUCACAUAAUUGAAGAAUGCCUUGGGGUUUUCCUUUACCCUACUCGCCAAGGCCUUCUCAUGCCCCCUUCUUGCUCUCCUCAGCCCCUUCUUAAGCUCCUUUCUUGCUACCCUAUAUUCCUCAAUAGACCCAUCUGAUCCUUGCUUCCUAAACCUCAUGUACGCUGCCUUCUUCCACCUGACUAGAUUCUCCACCUCACUUGUCACCCAUGGUUCCUUCACCCUACCAUUCUUUAUCUUCCUCACCGGGACAAAUUUAUCCCUAACAUCCUGCAAGAGAUCCCUAAACAUCGACCAGAUGUCCAUAGUACAUUUCCCUGCAAAAACAUCAUCCCAAUUCACACCUGCAAGUUCUUGCCUUAUAGCCUCAUAAUUUGCCCUUCCCCAAUUAAAAAUUUUCCUGUCCUCUCUGAUUCUGUCCUUUUCCAUGAUAAUGUUAAAGGCCAGGGAGCGGUGGUAUUGGAAUGAGAAUUGGGGAGUGAUGCAAAUGCACAAGUUGUGGAGAGCUGAGAUGACUCCAUGCUUCAAGAUUUCAAAAUCAGUAAUUCUGAAUUCAAGCGUCCUCCAGAAACCAAAGUACACAAAUCGACUUGGUGAGGGAUUGAAACAGCAAAGUGCUAGAGAUACUCGGCUAGUCAGGUGGCAUCUGUAGAGAGAAAAGUUUGCGGAAUCUCCAGCAUUUUUAAAAAUUUCAGAUUGUUAUCAUUGCAGUUUUAUUUGCUUUUUUAUAGUCUGAAGGAUUUCUGCAUAGUUAGAGUGAUGUUAAAGCGAGUCUGUCUGCCCACUGCAUUACAUUGAAAUCAACAAGUUGAAUUAUUCCUGGUGUCCUGUCCGCACGUUAGAAAACAGAUUAUUUGCUCUUUGUGAUUUGUUUGUGUUUGCCAGGUGUAAAUUACCUGCUAUAGUUUUUACAUUACAACGUGAAUACAUUUCAAAAAUAGAGAGCUACCUGUGGGAUGGUCUGGAGACAAAAUUCUGGAAUUCAUGGUCCAUCUGACAGCAUAAGUUAGGAGGAAAUAAUUCAUAUUAAAGGGUUCUGAGUGUGAUUAAACUCACACAUAUUUCCUAGAUUCAAACAAUAAUUUGUAUUCAGAGGCUUUAAUUUGUGAAACACCCAGGAACUUUUGCGAAAGAAUAAAUAUCUGAUAAGCGGCAGAUGAGUUGAGGAAACUUUUGGAAUAGUUUGUUAUCACUGACAUACAGUAUGUUGUGAAAUUUGUUUUGUCACAGCAGUACAGUGCAAUAUGUAAAAUAUACUUUAAGAAAAUUAGAAUAUUAAGUUAGUUUAAGUUACAAUGAUAUAUACAGUAUGUAGUGUAAAUUGUGCUAAAUAGUGAGGGAUUGUUCAUGGUUGAUGAGCUGUUCAGGAAUCUGAUGGCAGAGGGGAAGAAGCUGAUGCUGGGGAGUCUAGUGCUUAUGAUGGAUCUGGCCGCGUCUACAGCCCUCUGCAGCUUUUUCCAAUCUUGUACAUUGGAGCCUCCCUAUUAGAUGGGAUGUCUAAGUAAGUGAAGAUUUGACUGAAACAGAUUUAAAGCUGAGCUUACUGGAGAGAAUCCACUUAACACAUUAGAUAGGGAGUGAGGCACAUUUGACAAGUUGAAAGUGUUGGUCACUGAACACAGAAGAAUUAAAAAGAAUAGCAUUGACUUGUGUUUCCAGAGUCACAACAGGCCCAUCGGCACAACUCAUCCACACCAACGAAGUUGCCACCCUGAGCUGGUCUUAUCAGCAUGUGUUUGGCCCAUAUCCUCUCCAAAAGUGCUUGGAACACUGCCAAGGGAAAUCAGUGGAAGCAGAUAACAUGUCAGCAUGGGUUUCCUUACAAAUCUGUUGGAAUUCUUUGAAGAAAUAACAAGUGCCUCCAGCAUUUUUGUUUUUGUUGUGGAUUUCUAGGACAUGCAGUUUAUUUCUCCUCUUGUAUUCCAGGUCUAUUUCAGAUGCAGAUUCAGAUUUAUUUAUCAUGUGUACUUCAAAACAUACUGUGAAAUGCAUUGAUUGUGAUUGCAGAAAUUGGUAGUUAUGUUGCCAUGGAGAGAAAUGUACAAAACCUAUUUCAUUAGGUGCCAAUUUUAAGAUCACAUUAAUUGCAUCUACACUCAGUGGCCACUUUGUUGAGUACCCCCAUACCUAUAAAGUGGGCACUGGAUGUAUAACCCAUUUGCUUCAAAGGUCAAAGUAAAUUUAUUAUCAAAAUACAUAUAUGUCACAGGAAACAAACCCAAGAUUAAUUUUCUCGUGGGCAUACUCAAAAAUACAUAAUAGAAUAAUAACCAUAAUGCGAUCAAUGAAAAACUGCAUCAACUUGGCGUUCAUCCAGAGUAAAAAAAAGUCAACAGACUGUACAAAUAUGAAAAGUAAUAAUUAAUAAUAAAUAUAAUACAUGGCUAAGGAGCUGGUGUAGGAGGGAGGGCAUAAGAUCUUUGGAUCAUUGGGUUCUCUUCCAGGGAAGGUGGGACUUGUACAGAAGGGAUGGUUUGCACCUGAACUGGUGGGGUUUAAACUAGAGUUGCAGGGGGAUGGAAACCAGAGUUCCAGAAGGGUUAGUGGAGAGGUUGUGGAGGCAGAUGUUGGUAAGACCUCGGACAACGUUAGAAAUCAAAAGGUUGAGCAUGGUGCGACAACAUCGAAAAAGGUGAAUACAGGACUGAAGGUGUUGUAUCUGAAUGUGUGCGGUAUACGGAAUAAGGAAGAUGAACUUGCAGCGCAGUUGCAGAUUGGUAGGUAUGGUGUUGUAGGCAUCACCAAAUCUGGUUGAAAGAUUAUAGCAGGGAGCUUUAUGUCCAAGGAUACACACUGUAUCGAAAGGAUAGGCAGGAAGGCAGAGAGGGUGGCAUUGCUCUGUUGGUAAAAAAUUAAAUCAAAUCAUUAGAAAGAGAUGACAUAGGGUCAGAAGGUGUUGAAUCAUUGUGGAUAGGGCAAAGGAACUGCAUGGGUAAGAAGACCCUGAUGGGAGUUGUAUACAGACCCCUAAACUUUGCCUACAAAUUACAAUGGGAGAUAGAAAGUGAAUUGCAAAAGGGCAAUGUUACAAUAGUCAAGGGGCAUUUCAAUAUGCAGGUAGAUUGGGAAAAUCAGGUUGGUGCUGGAUUACAGGAGGGGGAAUUUCUAGAGUGCCUACAAGAUGGCUUUUUAGAGCAACUCAUGGUUGAGCGCAUUAGAGGAUCGCUAUUCUGGAUUGGGUGUUGUGCAAAGAACCAGUAUUAAUUAAGAGAGCUCGAGGUAAAAGAACUCUCGGGGAAAGUAGUCAUUAUAUGGUCGAAUUGGUCCUGAAAUUUGAGAAGGAGAAGCUAAAGCUAAAUGUGUCAGUAUUACACUGGAGUAAAGGGAAUUACAGAGGUACGAGAGAGGAGUUGGCCAGAAUUGAUUGGAAAAGAACACUGGCAGGGAUGAUGGCAGAGCAACAAUGGCUUGAAUUUCUGGAAGCAAUUUGGAAGGCACAGGAUAUAUACAUCCCAAAGAGGAAGAAGUAUUCUAAUGGAAAGAUGACAUAACCGUGGCUAACAAGUGAAGUCAAAGCCAACAUAAAAGCCAAAGAGAGGGCUUAUAAUAGAGCAAAGAUUAUUGGGAAGUUAGAGGAUGGGAAAACUUUUAAAAACCACCAGAAGACAACUAAAAGAGUCAUUAAGAAGGUAAAGAUGGAAUAUGAAAGUAACCUAGCCAAAGUAACGUAGCUAAAGAAGAUACCAAAAGUUUCUUCAGAUACAUGAAGUGUAAAAGAGAAGUGAGAGUGAAUAUUGGACCACUGGUAAACGAUGCUGGAGAGGUAGUAAUGGGAAACAAAAAAACGGCGAACAAACUGAGUAAGUUUAUUUUGCAUCAAUCCCCACUGUGGAAGACACUAGCAGGAUGGUGGAAGUUCCAGGUGUCAGGGGGCAUUAAGUUAUGGUAACUAGAGAGAAGGUUCUUGGGAAACUGAAGGGUUUGAAGGUAGAUAAGUCACCUGGAUCAACAAUCACUAGAUUCCGGGAUGGUUCCGGUAAACUGGAAAAUUACUAAUGCCACUCCACUCUUCAAGAAGGGAGAGAGGCAGAAAGAAGGAAACUAUAGGCCAGUUAGUUUGAUCUCAGUGGCUGGGAAGAUGUUGGAGCUGAUUAUUAAGAAUGAGAUCUCAUUCUUGGAGGCACAUGAUAAAAUAGGUCAUCAAGGGAAAAUCUUGUUUGACAAAUCUGUUGGAAUACUUUGAAGAAGUAACAAGCAGGAUAGCCAAAGGAGAAUCGGUUGAUGUGUACUUGUAUUUUCAGAAGGCCUUUGACGAGGUACCACACAUGAGGCUGCUUAACAAGCUAUGAGCCCGUGGUAUUACAUGAAAGAUUCUAGCAUGAAUAAAGCAAUAGCUGAUUUGCAAGAGGCAAAGAGUGGGAGUAAAGGGAGCAUUUUCUGACUGGCUGCCAGUGCCUAGUGGUGUUCCACAGGGGUCUGUCUUGGGAUCGACUCUUUGAUGUUAUAUGUAAAUGAUUUGGAUGAUGAAAUUGAUGGCUUUGUUGCAAAGUUUGCAUAUGAUAUAAAGAUAGGUGGAGGGGCAGGUAGUUUUGUGGAAGUAGAGGGGUUACAGAAGGACUUAGAUUAGAAUGGGCAAUGGCAGAGGGAUACAGUGUUGGGAACUGUGUGAUCAUGUACUUUUGUAGAAGAAAUGAAAGAAUUGGCUAUUUUCUAAAUGGAAAGAAAAUACAAUCAACUGAGUCGCAAAGGGACUUGGUAGUCCUUCUGCAGGAUUCCCUAAAGGUUAAUUUGCAGUUUGAGUCUGCGGUGAGCAAUGCAAAUGCAAUGUUAUCAUUCAUUUCAAGAGGAUGGGAAUAUAAAAGCAAGGAUGCAGUAUUGAAGCUUUAUAAAGCACUGGUGAGGUCCCACUUGAAGUAUUAUGAGCAGGUUAGGGUCCCUUAUCUUAGAAAGGAAGUGCUGAAACUUGAGAGAGUUCAAAGGAGGUUCACGAAAAUGAUUCCAGGAUUGAAUGGCUUCUCAUACGAGAGCAUCUGAUGGCUGUGGACCUGUAUUUACUGGAAUUCAGAAGAAUGGGGGGUGGCCUCAUUGAAACCUAUCAAAUAAUGGAAAUUACUUGAUAGAGUGGAUGUGGAGAGGAUGUUUCCUAUGGUGGGAGAGAAUAAGACCAGAGGACACAACCUCAGAAUAGAGGGGCAUCCGUUUAAAACGGAGAUGAGGAAUUGCUUUAGCCAGAGGGUGGUGAAGCUGUGGAAUUCUUUGCCACAGGCAGCCGUAGAAGCCUUCUUUAUGUAUUUUUAAGGCAGAGGUUGAUCGAUUCUUGAUUGGUCAGGCAUAAAGGGAUACGGUAAGAAGAUAAGUGAUUGGGGCUGAGAGGAAAAUUGGAUCAGCCAGGAUGAUAUGGUGAAGCAAGCUUGAUGGGCCAAAUGGCCUAAUUCUGCUCCUAUACCUUACGGUCUUAUGGUCUAAAUAAGCAAUAAAUAUUGAGAACAUGAGAUGGAGUCCUUGAAAGAGAAUCCAUGGAUUGAGGGAACAUUUCAGUGAUGGCAAGUGAAAUUGAAUUUGGUUCAUGGGUAAUAACUGUUCUUGAACUUGCUGGUGUCUGUCCUGAGGCUCCUGUACCUUCUUUUUGAUAGCAGCAGCAAGAAGAGAACAUGACCAGGGUGGUGGGGGUCCUGAUGAUGGAUGCUGCUUUCCUGCAACAACUCUUCUUGUAGAUGUGCUCAGUGGUGGGAAGGGCUUUACCUGUGAUGGACUGGGUUGUAUCCAUUACUUAGAACAUAGAAUAGUACAGCACAUUACAGGCCCUUCGGCCCACAAUGUUGUGCCGACCCUCAAAUCCUGCCUCCCAUAUAACCCCCCACCUUAAAUUCCAACAUAUACCUGUCUAGUAGUCUCUUAAACUUCACUAGUGUAUCUGCCUCCACUACUGACUCAGGCAGUGCAUUCCUCUCUGAGUAAAAAACCUUCCUCUAAUAUCCCCUUUGAAAUUCCUACCCCUUACCUUAAAGCCAUGUCCUCUUGUAUUGAGCAGUGGUGCCCUGGGGAAGAGGCGCUGGCUAUCCACUCUGUCUGUUCCUCUUAAUAUCUUGUACACCUCUAUCAUGUUUCCUGUCAUCCUCCUUCUCUCCAAAGAGUAAAGUCCGAGCUCCCUUAAUCUCUGAUCAUAAUCCAUACUCUCUAAACCAGACAGCAUCUGGUAAAUCUCCUCUGUACCCUUUCAAAUGCUUCCACAUCCUUCCUAUAAUGAGGCGACCAGAACGGGACACAGUACUCCAAGUGUGGCCUAACCAGAGUUUUAUAGAGCUGCAUCAUUACCUCGCGACUCUUAAACUCUAUCCCUCAACUAUGAAAGCUAACACCCCAUAAACUUUCUUAACUACCCUAUCUACCUGUGAGGCAACUUUCAGGGAUCUGUGGACAUGUACUCCCAGAUCCCUCUGCUCCUCCACACUACCAAGUAUCCUCCCAUUUACUUUGUACUCUGCCCUGGAGUUUGUCCUUCCAAAGUGUACCACCUCACACUUCUCUGGGUUGAACUCCAUCUGCCACUUCUCAGCCCACUCCUGCAUCCUAUCAAUGUCUCUCUGCAAUCUUUGACAAUUCUCUACACUAUCUACAACCCCACCAACCUUUGUGUCGUCUGCAAACUUGCCAACCCACCCUUCUACCCCCACAUCCAAAUUCUUACUUUUUGUAAGAAUUUCUGUUCAAGGGCAUUGAUGUUUCGAUACCAGGCUGUGAUGUAGCCAGUCAAUAUACUCUCCACCACACAUCUAGAGAAGCUUGUCAAAGUUUUAGAUGUCGUGCUAAAUCUUUGCAAGCUCCUAGGAAGUAGAGGUGCUGCUGUACUUUCUUUGUAAAUGUACUUACUGGACCCAAGACAGGUCUUCUGAAAUGAUAACACCAAGGAAUUUUAAGUUGCUGACCCUUUUCAUCUCUAAUGAGGACUGGCUCAUGGGCUUCUGAUUUCCUCCACCUGAAGUCAAUAAUCAGCUCUUUGGUCCCACUGACAUUGAAUAAGAGGUUGUUGUAGCACCACUCAGCCAGAUUUCAAGGUUGAACAUAUUCAUUCAGAGAUGCUCUUCUGUAUGCUGCUGUUGUAACGUGUGGUUAUUUGAGUUCCUGUCGCCUUCUUGUCAGUUUGAACCAGCAUGGCCAUUCUUCUCUGACCUCUCAUUAACAAGGUGUUUUUGUCCCCCAGAACUGCCACUCACUGGAUGUUUUUGCGUUUUGCACUGUAAACUCUAGGGACUGUUGUGCAUGAAAAUCUCAGGAGAUCAGCAGUUUCUGAAAUAAACCACCUUGACUGGCACCAACAAUAAUUCCAUGGUCAAAGUCACUUAGAUCACAUUUCUUCUCUAUUCUACUGUUUUGUCUGAACAACAACUGAACCUCUUGACCAUGUCUGCAUGCUUUUAUGCAUAGAGUUGCUGCCACUUGAUUGGUUGAUUAGAUAUUUGCAUUAAUGAGCAGGUGCACCUAAUAAAGUGGCCACUACACUUGCAGAACAGCUGAAAGCCACUAGCAUUGCUAAGUGCAUUGUUAUUGAUUAAACAACAACUGUGUUCUGGAAAAUCAAAUUACAUGUAAUAAUCUUGAUAUGCUGAAUUAAUAAAUGUAAUUGGAACCAUUUGAAUGUUGUUUCCAAUCACAUCUUUAAUCUCCAGAAAAUGGUCAUGCAGCAUCUAUGGGGGGGGGGGGGAGGAACAGCAGAUAAAAUUCCACCUUUAAGUCAUGGUUAUUGGCAGGCUGCACCAAAUCUAAAUCUUUAUUCCUUCUCCUGUAUACUUCCCUACACCGUAUUCAAUCAGUCUGUUUCCCUUUAAUCCUGUAGUUUGGCUCUGCUUCACUGGGAAGCAUGUUGGAGGUGGGGUGCCAUAUUGCUGAGAAAAAUAUCGAUGACAUCACACGAGAUUACUUGACACCUUUGUGCACUGUGGUUUUAAAACCGUGACCUUCAUACAGUCAGGCAGCACAGGUAAAAUGGCAACAAGAGAUGCUCCACAGUACUCCUCAAUUAAUGCUAAAGUCUUUGGAAAGGUUGGAAAGGGUCAUGUACAUUGCUUAGUGUUGCUCCUGACUAUUCUGUUAGGCUGGUCACUCAGUGAAGUUCAUGUCCUCCUCUGUAUAUCAGAGCAAUUGCAAUUUGGGAGCUGUUCUUCUGCCUAUGGGGUGUUUGAGAAAGACCUUGGAAAUAACUUGUCCCAUGACUGACAGCAGGGAGGACGUUGUAAGACAUUGAUCAGGCCACAUUUGGAAUAUUGUGAGGAGUUCUGGGCCCCUUAUCUAAGAUAAGACGUGCUGGCAUUGGAGAUGGUCCAGAGGAAGUACACAAGAAUGAUCCUGGGAAUGAAAGGGUUAAUGUAGGAGGAGCAUUUGAUGGCUCCUGCUCUGGAGUUUAGAAGACUGAGGGGAGGGGGAUCUGAUUGAAACCUUCUGAAUAUUGAAAGGCCCAGAGAAUGGAUAUGGAGAGGAUGCUUCCUAUUGUGGAGGAGUUGACCAGGGGGCAUAUUCUCAGAAUACAAGAAUGUCCCUUUAGAACAGAAGUGAUGAGGAAUUUCAUUAGCCAGUGGGAAUUCAUUGCCACAGAUGUCUGUGGAAUCAUUAGGUAUUUGAAGUGGAGGUUGAUAGAUUCUUGAUUAGUAAUGGUGUCAAAGGUUACAGGGAGAAGGCAAGAGAAUAGAGUUGAGAGGGAUAGUAAAUCAGCCUGGAUGGAAUGGCAGAGCAGACUCAAUGAGCUGAAUAACCUAAUUCUGGUCCUAUGUCUUAAAAGAGUUAGUUUUUUUUUAUCACUGACAUGUGUCCUGGAAUUAUUCAACCUGUGUCAUUUCUAAUUCAGAACCAUCUAUAAAGAUAUAUUCCAGAGACAUCAUCUGUAAUUGUACAUGUUUAGAAUCUGUUCACUGAGCAGUAAUAUAUAGGCAUAUAUAAGGAUAGCUUCACACGUAAAGUCUGCAAAACAAAGGUUCUCUAUCAACCUCUCCCUGCAGGACAAUUGUGCCCUUUGACAACAAAGGUCCUUGAUGAAACGCAGACCAGUUCCUGUGUCCUGGGUACUAUCUCUUAGCAAAGGCAGAUAUCAAUGAUGAAAAUCCCUCCAUAGCGCUCGAGGUCUUGUGAUUUCUGCCCUCCUGUAUGGUUCUAAAAUGUGGGUGACCUACAAUAUAGCUCUCAAGACAUCAGAGAGGUACCACCAAAUCUGUUCAAAUUACUUCAAACCCAGUCUUGGGACAUGCGAACCAAAGUGAGUGCCUACUCCCAGGCCAAGUAAAAUCCAAAUUAAAUCCAAUUGUUUGUGAAGGAUAACCUGAGUCAUUCACCCACAUGACACCAGAUUCAAGGGAAGAUUGCUGGGUGGACAGAUGUAAAGAUCCAAGGAUGUUUCAAAACCUGCCUGAGAAAGUGUAACACUCACAUUGAAUCAAGGAAAGCUUGGGCACAUGAUCACUUCAAAUGGGAAAUGAAUGGAACUGAGAAACAUGUCCAUGUUAUAGGAGCACACAGUAACCCAGAGUAAACUACUCCAGUCUGCAGGUCCCAUCAAUCACCUCAGAAAUGGAGUGCAGGCAAAUAAUGCUUGAUCCUGAAGGAAUGCUGAAAAAGUAGAUGGCCAAAUCAAAGGUGCUGACAAAUCUGCAUAUAAGAGGGAGUUUGAAAAUCUCAACAACCUCUUACUCAUUGCUGCCAUCAGAAGUUACUCACACCAGCAGGUUUAGGAGCUCUCAAGCAUCAGGCUCUUGAACCAGAGGGGAUAACAUCACUUAGCUUCUCUUGCCCAUCACUAAAAUGUUGCCACAAUCUAUGGACUCACUUUCAAAGGACUCUGUAUCUCAUGUUCUCAAUAUUUAUUGAUUAUUUCUUUUUUCUUUUGUAUUUGUUGUCUUUUGCACACUGCUAGGUCAUUCAUUGAUUCUAUUAUGGUUGUUGGAUUUACAGAGUAUACCUGCAAGAAAACAGAUCUCGGGGUUGUAUACGGUGACAUGUAUGUGCUUUGAUAAGAAAUUUACUUUGAACUUUGAUCUUAGAAACAGGAUUCAUGCCACUGAUUUGAGGAACUGUGAAAUCAGUAAUUAAUUUAAAUGACAAACACCAGCAAUUUAGUUACAUGGCAAACACCAGCAAACAGGCAAAGAAUCCAACGAGGAAUGCUGGAAGAGAAACAAAGCCAACUAAGAUUGCUACAAUGGCAUUGAAAUUCAUCCUUUCAAGUUGCUGAUUUCAUGGAAUUCUUUUUAAACAACUUAAUACAGAAUCUUGAAAUGGAACUGUACAUGUAAAAGUAAGUGGGCCAGAAUGCCUGACCUACAGACUGGCAGAUACUGUGCUCAGCUCCAGUAUCUUUCCUUUAGCAACAGAUAAGAUGCUGAAGAAACUCAGCAGUUCAGGCAAUAUGUAUGGAGGGGAUUAAACAGUCAGUGUUUCAGGUCUUGUUGGUGCUUACAAAGGUGUACAUUUAUCAUAGAGAAAGUAAGGAGACAUGGGAUCCAAGGGAACAUUGCUUUGUGGAUCCAGAACUGGCUUGCCCACAGAAGGCAAAGAGUGGUUGUAGACGGGUCAUAUUCUGCAUGGAGGUCGGGGACCAGUGGUGUGCCUCAGGGAUCUGUUCCGGGACCCUUAUUCUUCAUGAUUUUUAUAAAUGACCUGGAUGAGGAAGUGGAGGGAUGGGUUAGUAGGUUUGCUGAUGACACAAAGGUUGGAGGUGUUGUGGAUAGUGUGGAGGGCUGUCAGAGGUUAUAGCGAGACAUUGAUAGGAUGCAAAACUGAGUUGAGAAGUGGCAGAUGGGGUUCAACCCAGGUAAGUGUGAAGUGGUUCAUUUUGGUAGGUCAGAUUUAAUGGCAGAAUAUAGUAUUAAUGGUAAGACUCUUGGCAUUGUGGAGGAUCAUAGGGAUCUUGGGGUCCGAGUCCAUAGAACUCUCAAAGCAGCUGUGCAGGUUGACUCUGUGGUUAAGAAGGCAUACGGUGUAUUGACCUUCAUCGAUCAUUGAAUUUAGGAGCCGAGAGGUAAUGUUGCAGCCAUGUAGGACCCUGCUCAGACCCCACUUGGAGUACUGUGCUUGGUUCUGGUCACCUCACCACAGGAGGGAUGUGGAAACCAUAGAAAGGGUGCAGAGGAGAUUUACGAGGAUGUUGCCUGGAUUGGGGAGCAUGCCUUAUGAAAACAGGUUGAGUGAACUCAGCUUUUACUCCUUGGAGCGACGGAGAAUGAGAGGUGACCUGAUAGAGGUAUAUAAGAUGAUGAGAGGCAUUGAUCAUGUGGAUAGUCAGAGGCUUUUUCCCUGGGCUGAAAUGGCUACCACAAGAGGAGACAGGUUUAAGGUGCUUGGGAGUAGGUACAGAGGAGAUGUCAGGGGUAAGUUUUUUACACAGAGAGUGGUGAGUGCUUGGAAUGGGCUGCCGGCAAUGGUGUUUGAGGCGGAUGCCAUAUAACCAUAUAACAAUUACAGCACGGAAACAGGCCAUCUCGUCCCUUCUAGUCCGUGCCAAACUCUUAUUCUCACCUAGUCCCACCGACCUGCACUCAGCCCAUAACCCUCCAUUCCUUUCCUGUCCAUAUAGCUAUCCAAUUUAACUUUAAAUGACAACAUCGAACCUGCCUCGAUAGGGUCUUUUAAGAGACUCCUGGAUAGGUACAUGGAGCUUAGAAAAAUAGAGGGCUGUGGGUAACUCUAGUAAUUCCUAAGGUAGGGACAUGUUUGGCACAACUUUGUGGGCCAAAGGGCCUGUAUUAUGCUAUAGAUUUUCUAUGUCUCUAUGUUUCUAUAGAGGUCCACCGAAAGCCUAAAGUCGAGUUUAUUGUCAUAAACAUAUCGUUCGUCCAUCGUCGUCGUUGAAGACCUCGACACCAUUAGUCACUUUGAGACUGGAUGCAGUGUGACCGAAGAUAACUGGUCAGGCCAAUUCGGGCACGGAAUGGCCUGGCAUAUGUUGGGCAGACGUGUAGGCACUGCAGUUGUUGCGCUGGUGGCUCUGGACUUGCGCAGCUCAUGUUUAUGUUGUGCUUCAGCAAUGUACCUUGCUUCGUAAGCUUGACAGCCCUUGUGGAUAAGGCUGCGCCAGGCAGGGCGGUUUUGUGCCAGCGUUUCCCAGGAGGUCGUGUCUAUGUCAAGCGACUUCAGGGAGGCCUUUAGUGUGUCUUUGUAACGUUUCUUCUGCCCUCUAUGCGAGCGUCUUCCAGCAGACCGAAAAGGAGCUGCUUGGGUAUGCACUCGACUGGUACGCAGAUGAUAUGACCUGCCCACCAGGUCUGUGCUCUCAUCAGCAAUGUAUGACUGAUGGUAGACUUGCUCUAGAAAGAACUUCAGUGUCUGGUACUUUGCCUUGCCAUCUGAUGCCUAAUAUUCUGCGAAGACAAGUCAUAUGGAAAUGGUUGAGCUGUCUUGCAUGCCUUUGAUACAUAGUCCACGUUUCACAGACAUACAGGAGGGUAGUGAGUACCACAGCUCUGUAGACCUUCAGUUUUGUUGCUGGACUGAUUCCUCGGCAUUCCCAUACAGUUUGGGCACAGUCUACUGAAAGCAGAACUUGCCUUUGCUAUUCUGCAGUUAACGUCUGUAUCAAUAGUCACUGCUCGGAAGAGGGUGCUGCAAAGCUAAGUAAACAGGUCAACUGCCUGUAGUUUCUGUCCUUUGAUUGUGAUUUUUGGUUCUGUGUACGGUGCAUGAGGGGCAGGCUGGUGCAUGACUUCAGUCUUUUUGAUGUUAGUGGUGAGUCCAAAGUUGUCACAAGCCGUGGAGAAUUUGCCCAUAUUGACUUGCAUCUCUAGCUCCGAGCCAGUAUAGAGGGCACAGUCAUCGGCAAAAAGGAUUUCUCUCAGAACAGUCUCCUUCACUUUGGUAAUAGCUUGAAGUCUCCUCAGGUUGAAGAGCUUCCCAUCCACUCUGUACUUGAGGCUGAUUCCAGCAUCACUGUCCUGGAAGAUAUCAUUCAGCAAGGCAGUAAACAUCAUGCUGAACAGUGUGGGUGCGAGCACACAACCCUGUUUGACGCCAUUGGUGACUGGGAACGCCUCAGAGGAUUCUCCGCCAUCCAGCACUCUGGCCAUCAUGCCGUCAUGGAACUGGCAUACUAUCUGAAUGAAUCUGGAGGGGCAGCCGAACUUUGACAUGAUCCUCCACAACCCUUGUCAGCAGACAGUGUUGAAGGCUUUCGUGAGGUCAACAAAAGUUGUGUAGAGUUCGCGAUUCUGCUCCUGACACUGCUUCUGAAGUUGGCGCGCGGCAAAAAUCAUGUCAAUAGUCCCACGGCCUUUGCGAAAGCCACACUGUGACUCUGGCAGCAGGCCCAGCUCCAGAUGGGUGACCAGACAAUUUAACAGGACUCUUGCAAGGGUUUUUCCUGCAAUGGAGAGUAGCGAGAUUCCUCGGUGGUUGUCGCAUACCUGUCGAUUGACCUUCCUCUUAUAGAGGUGUACCAUGGAUGCAUUUUUAAGUUCCUGAGGAAUGGAUCCAUGCUUCCAAAAAGACUUCUCUAUAAGUAUAGGACCACUGGCUUUGUAGAUCUCUGCAGGUAUGGCGUCUGCCCCUGGGGCUUUGCCACUGGAUAGCUGGCUGACAGCUUUCGUGACUUAGGCUACUACCGGUGGGUCAUCCAUGGCGCUGUUGAUGUCGACCUAGGGAAUCCUGUCUAUCGCCUCAUCGUUAAUAGAUGACGGUCGGUUGAGGAUGGCUUCAGAGUGUUCAGCCCACCUCUGCAGGAUCUGAGCCUUCUCUGUAAUGAGAGUUGUACCAUCUAUACUCAGGAGGGGGGAGCUCCGGAGAGACUGAGGUCCGUACAGAGUGUUGAGGGCUUCAUAGAAUUGUUUUAAGUCGUUUCUGUCAGCGUAUCCCUGUAUUUCAUCUGCCUUGGCGCUCAGCCAGGCAUCUUGCAUUUUACGCAGUUUAUUCUGGACUGUCCUGCGAGCACUGGUAAAGGCGUUUAUCUUGGCAGCUGAUGAUGGGUCGUUCUGAUGGGCACGAUGAAGGUGGUGCUUUUCAACAAGUAGAGCCUGUAUCUACUCAUCAUUCUCAUCGAACCAGUCAUGCUGCUUGCGGGUAGAGAGCCCUAGCAUCUUCAGUGCAGAUGAAUGGACAGCAUCCCUGAAGUGAUCCCAGUCAUCCACAGCGCUGCCUACAAGGUGUAGGUCAGCAAGCUUGGUUCCUCAAUCUUCAACCAGUGCUGAAGCAAUGCUGGGGUUCUUCAGCCUCGUCACAUUGAUUCUUUUCAUAGCCUUGCUUCCUUGUGUUUGCCUCUUGGGUCUGAUGCAGAGCUUCAUUUUGGAGACAAUGAGCCUGUGAUCUGUCCAGCAGUCAGCACCACACAUGGCCUUGGUCACUGACAUCCUGCCUGUCUUUUCUUCUGACAAUGACAUAGUCGAUAAGAUGCCAAUGCUUAGAGCGGGAGUGCAUCCAGGAGGUCUUGUUAUGGGUAGGCAGGCGGAAAGUUGUGUUGGUGAUGAGCAGGUUGUAUGCUGCACAGGUCUUCAGUAAGAGUAGGCCGUUACUGUUACAUUUGCCCACUCCAUGACUCCCAACGACUCCCUGCCAGGCUGCGGAGUCGCACCCUACUCUUGCAUUGAAGUUGCCGAGCAAGAUCAGCUUGUUGGCACUGCUCACUGCUGAUAGCAGGGCGUCUAGUUCUUCAUAGAACCUGUCUUUAGUUUCUUCCGGGUUGGUCAUUUUGGGGGCAUAGGCGCUGAUCAGGGUGGCUUGACUUCUGUUCUGUAGCGGAAGCUGUAGUGUCAUGAGCCAGUCACUCACACCCUUGGGGAGACUGGCAAGUUUCCGAACAAAGUGACUCCUGACGGUGAAUCCAACUCCAGCAUCACGACGCUCAUCGCUGCCGCGACUGCUCCAGAAAAAAGUGUAUCUGCUCCAGUUUCAGUCAGCUGACCUAUGUUGGCAAGACAAGUCUCCCUCAGGGCUGCUAUGUCAAUGUUGUAGCUUGCAAGCUCUCUGGCAACUAAGGCUGUUCUUCUGUCUGGUCUGUUUGCUGUAGGGUUGUCCAAUAGCGUGCACAUGUUCCAAGUGCCAAUGGUGAGUGGUGUCACCUUGCGUUUCGUUGUGUUUGUUCAACCGCCAAGAUAGGAUCCCCACCAGCUGCGGCAAACUGGCCAGGGUGUAAUGAAGCAGGCUAUGUUUGGGGCACGUUUUCUAUCCCCUUCCUCAUACUACAGGGGUGAGCAGUGCAUUCCUAAAGAGGGCUGCUCAGUCGCCAAGUUAGAUGCCGAGUUUCACUGCUGCUUCGGUCAGUGAAAAACGACCAUUAGACCUGAGCUGCCUGUGUGCAGGUCUGUGACUACAGCUCCCAGUGUAUCCACACCUGCUGCUUCGUCACUCGCCCAUCGCCACAGGACUUCAAAAGUUGAGGAUGAUGAUGACGGUGUCGAGACGAGCGCUUGAUUUGGAUUUAAGUGAGGGAGAGUUGUGCAGGAUCGGCCUCACUCUCUCUUCCCAAUUCCCAUCUGGAUCCAGUGGCAAGACAAGAGUCGAGACGGCUGGAGAUGGGACUAGGUGCAGUGGAUGACCAGGACCUCUUCUGUGUCUUGUCAUGCUCUACACGAUCCACGACACUUGCAGAGACUGCCUUCUUGACCAUUGGACCUUCCAUUGGGCUCGUCCGCUCAAUCCGCCGGAGUCUGUCUUCACAUGCUGGGAGAGACAACUCCCUAUCUCACCGAGGGUUUGAGACCCGUUGGCUACCCUCAUCUGGUUUAGCCGGCUUGUCAAAGCUGUUGCCCGGGGUGUGGCCGCUGUCGCAUGCAAACAGCUACGAGGAGCCACAGGUGAGAGCUGAGUACCAGGUGGGGACCGAAGGUGGACUAACUGCCUUGAAAAGGACGCAACAUGUUCCCCCACCAGAGGUGCUACCCCUCCCUGACACCCCAUACACCCUCAUAAGCACAAAUACAUAGGUGGAAUAACAAACUUAGUUGCAGCAGCAUCAUAGGCACUUUGUAUCACAUGAGCAGCAUUCACAAGAAAAACAUAAAUUAUACACUAGUUUUACAAGAAAGGAUACAAUUCGAACAAGGUCCAUUGUAGUGUCAAUUCAUCAAAGUGGUUAUAGUGUUGUGAUACUGAGGUAGUGGUUAGUGUUGUGGAAAUUGGUUCAGGAAUUGAAUGGUUAACCAUAUAACAAUUACAGCACAGAAACAGGCCAUCUCGGCCCUUCUAGUCCGUGCCGAACUCUUACUCUCACCUAGUCCCACCGACCUGCACUUAGCCCACAACCCUCCAUUCCUUUCCUGUCCAUAUAUUUAUCCAACUUAACUUUAAACGACAACAUCGAACCUGCCUCAACCACUUCUGCUGGAAGCUUGUUCCACACAGCUACCACUCUCUGAGUAAAGAAGUUCCCCCUCAUGUUACCCCGAAACUUUUGCCCUUUAAAUCUCAACUCAUAAGAGAUAAGGUUGAAGAGAAGUAGCUGUUCUUGAAUCUGAUGGUGUGUGACUUCAGGCCUCCUGGCAGCUGCAGGCUGUGAGAAGAUUGCAUGGUCCAGAAAUUGGAGGAUCUCUGAUGAUGGAUUUGGUCUUCUUGAGGUAACACCUCCUGUAGAUGCUACCAAUGGACUGUGCCUGUCAAGAGUCCACUAUUCUCUGCAUUCCUGCACAUUCAAAUUGUUGUAUAAGACCAUAAUUCAAACAGCUGGGACAUGGGAAUUUGCAAAUUCAAUUAUUCUAUUGUCUCUCAUGGUUCAUUGCAGAUACAAUGAGUUCACAUUGUUAGUGCACUGUGUCAGCUAUGUAUUUACUCUGUCAUUCGGCCCAGAGACUGUGCAUUCACUUUGGGGAUCCUAUGGAUUAGAUUCAGAUUUAUUUAGCGCAUAUGCUUUGUAACAUACAGGAUUAGGUAUUCACUUAGUGGCCUAUUCUGUGGUCAACACAUUCACUGACAAUCUGUCACAUGGGCCAUGCACUCACUCUGACAGAAUUAUCAGUAGGCCAUGGAUUCUCUUUAGCUACCCUUCUUUGCCAGCUACUGCAGCCUGAUUUUAUGGGAGAUUGGGGCUGAAAGGAAAAUUGGAUCAGCCAUGAUGAAAUGGCGGAACAGACUCAAUAGGCGAAAUGGCCUAAUUCUGCUCCUGUAUCUUAUGGUCUUAAACUGCCUUUUCCUACAGCUCUCUUUUGGAAAGUGCUAUAGGACUAUUAAAACAAAAACCAUGCCUGUUAAAAAUUUUGUUCCCCCGGGCAGUUAAUAUGAUCAACCAUCCUACUUAGCCCUCUCACCCCUCUGUCUAUUAGCCCCCACACCCCUCUGUCUAUUAGCCCCCUCACUCCUCUGUCUAUUAGCCCCCACACCCCUCUGUCUAUUAGCCCCACACCCCUCUGUCUAUUAGUCCCUCAUCCUUUACUGUAUUGCACUGUAGACAUUUUAAACCACAUUUUAUAAUGCUGUUGAAUUGAAUUGACUUCAUAUCUCACAUCCUUCACGUAUGUGAGGAGUAAAAAUCUUUAUGUUACAUCUCUGUCUGAAUGUGCAAUUUAUAGCAAUUUUUAAUAAACAGGAUAGUCAAUAUAACAUAGAAAUAUAGCUGCGUCAGCAUAAAUUAAGCAGUCUGAUGGAAGAAGCUGUCCCAGAGCCUGUCGGUCCUAGUUUUUAUGCUGUGGUACUGUUUCCGAACAGUAGCAGCUGGAACAGUUUGUAGUUGGGGUGACUUGAGUCCUGAAUGAUCCUUCGGGCUCUUUUUACACACUUGUUGCUGUAAAAAGCUGUCCUGGUGCAUGUAGGUACUAACAAUAAAGGAAGAAAGUGGGAUGAGGUCCUACAAGCUGGAACUUAGGGAGCUAGGAGAUAAAUUAAAGAGUAGGACCUCAAAGGUAAUCAUCUCAGGAUUAUUACCGGUGCCCCAUGCUAGCCAGAGUUGGAAUAGCAGGAUAGCUAGAAUGAAUAUGUAGCUUGAGCGGUGGUGCAGGAGGGAGGGUUUCAGAUUCUUGGGGCAUUGGAACCGCUUCUGGGGGAGGUGGGACCAGUACUGUCCGGUCUACAUCUGGGCAGGGCCGGGAUCAAUGUCCUAGGGAGAUUGUUUGCUAGUGCUGUUGGGGAGGCUUUAAACUAAUAUGGCGGGGGGAUGGGAACCGACACAGAGAAGAAGAGGGAAGUGAUGCAGAGACCAAAGCUAAAGUUAGUGAAGAAAAAAGUAAGAGUAGAGUGCAUAAAAGUAAAAAGCAAAAAUCGCAUAGGUCACUGGAUUCUAAAAGGACAAUGAGUAUAAGGGCACUUUAUCUAAAUGCCCAUAGUAUUAGAAACAAGGUUAGUGAACUUGUGGCACAGAUCAGUACUAAGGCAUAUGAUUUAGUGGCCAUUACAGAAACCUGGUUGCAGGGUGGAGAUGACUGGGCAUUAAAUAUCCAAGGGUAUCAGGUAAUACAGAAAGGUAGGCAGGAAGGCAGAGGAGGUGAGGUGGCCCUCUUGAUUAGAGAUGAGAUCAGGGUGAUUACGAGAGACGAUAUAAGAUCUACGGAGCAGAAUGUUGAGUCCAUCUGGGUAGAGAUUAAGAAUAGUAAAGGGAAAAAAUCACUGGUGGGAGUUGUCUAUAGGCCAACUAAUAAAAAUAUUGCCAUGGCAGAGGCGUUUAACCAAGAAAUAACUGAGAAGAACGGAACGGCAAUUGUCAUGGGGGAUUUUAACUUCCACAUAGAUUGGGUGAAUCGGGUUGGUCAGGGAAGUCUUGAGGAGGACUUUGUAGAAUGCAUCCAUGAUGGCUUUCUUGAGCAACAUGUUAGUGAACCUACAAGGGAAAAUACUAUCUUAGAUCUAGUCCUGUGCAAUGAGGCAGGUAAGAUUAACAAUCUUGUAGUCAAGAAUACUCUUGGAAAGAGUGAUCAUAGUAUGAUUGAAUUUUGCAUUCAGAUGGAGGAUGAAAUAGUUAGAUCUAAAACUAGUGUAUUAUGCUUGAACAAGGGAGACUACAACGGGAUGAGGGAGGAGUUGGCUAAUGUGGAUUGGGAGCACAGGCUAUUUGGUAGGACAGUGGAGGAACAGUGGAAUACUUGCAAAGAGAUUUUUCACGGUGCUCAGCAGAAGUAUAUUCCGGUCAAAAAUAAGGACAGUAAGUGUGGGGAGAGCUAGCCUUGGAUAACUAAGGAAAUAAAAGAUAAUAUCAAAUUAAAAGCUCGUGUGCAAAGUCGCAAAGACUAGUGGGAGACUGGAGGAUUGGGAGAACUUUAAAAAGCAACAGAGAACAACUAAACAGGAAAUAGGAAAGGGAAGAUAGAGUAUGAAAGUAAAUUAGCACAAAAUAUAAAAACAGAUAGCAAAAGUUUUUAUAAAUAUAUAAAGCAGAAGAGGGCGGCUAAGGUCAACGUAGGUCCCUUGGAAGACGAUAAGGGGAAAUUGGUAUUGGGUGAUAAGGAAAUGGCUGAGGCAUUGAACGACUAUUUUGUGUCAGUUUUCACGGUGGAGGACACAUCUAAUAUGCCAAAGACGAUGUUAUGGACGAAAUGGGAGGUGAGGACCUCGAUAAAAUCAGUGUCACUGAGGAGAUAGUGAUGAGCAAACUAGAAGGCCUGAAGGUGGACAAGUCCCCUGGUCCUGAUGGGAUAGUAGACGCGUUGGUAAUGAUUUAUCAAAACUCUCUGGACUCUGGGCAGGUCCUGGUGGAUAGGAAGACAGCAAAUGUCACACCACUUUUUGAAAAAGGAUGUAGGCAAAAAAUUGGCAACUAUAUGCCAGUUAGCUUAACAUCUGUAGUCAGGAAAAUGCUUGAAGCUGUCAUUAAGGAAGAAAUAGCGAAACGUUUAGAAAGGAGUGGUUCCAUUAGACAGACACAGCAUGGAUUUAGAAAGGGCAGGUCCUAUACUUACUGGAGUUCUUUGAAGACAUAAUGAGUGCAGUGGAUAGAGGGGAACAGGUGGAUGGGUGGAUGUCAUAUACUUGGAUUUCCAGAAGGUGUUCGAUAAGGUGCUGCACAAGAGACUUAUAAAUAAGAUAUGGAUGCAGGGAGUUGGAGGAAGUGUAUUGGCAUGGAUAGUGGAUUGGUUAACCAAUAGAAGGCAGAGAGUUGGUAUAAAUGGGUGUUCCUCCGGCUGGCAGUCAGUGGUGAGUGGGGUGUCGCAGGGGUUGGUGCUGGGCCCGCAGCUGUUUACCAUUUACAUUGAUGAUUUGGAAGAGGGACUGAGUAUAGUGUAGCAAAAUUUGCUGAUGACACUAAACUGAGUGGAAAAGCAAAUUGUACAGGGGAUGUGGAGAGUCUGCAGAGGGAUAUAGAUAGGUUAAGUGAGUGGGCCAAGGUCUGGCAGAUGGAAUACAACAUUGGUAAAUGCGAGAUCAUCCACUUUGGAAGCAAUAAUAGAAGGGCAGAUUAUUUUAUUUAAAUGGUGAAAGAUUGCAGCAUGCUGUUGUGCAGAGGGACUUGGGAGUGCUUGUUCAUGAAUUGCAAAAAGUUCGCUUGCAGGUAUAACAGGUUAUUAUGAAGGCAAAUGGAAUGUUGGCCUUCAUUGCUAGAGGGAUUGAAUUCAAGAGCAGGGAGGUCAUGCUGCAACUAUACAGGGUACUGGUGAGGCCGCACCUGGAGUACUGUGUGCAGUUCUGGUCUCCAUACUUGAGGAAGGAUAUGCUGGUUUUGGAGGCAGUGCAGAGGAGGUUCACCAGGUUGAUUCCAGAGAUGAAGGUGUUAACCUAUGAGGAGAGAUUGAGUCGCCUGGGACUAUACUCUCUGGAGUUCAGAAAAAUGAGAGGGGAUCUUACAGAAACAUACAAAAUUUUGAAAAGGAUAGAUAAGGUAGAAGUAAGAAAGUUGUUUCCAUUGGUAGGUGAGACUCAAACUUGGGGACAUUGCCUCAAGAUUCAGGGGAGAAGAUUUAGGACUGUUCUUUUUUUACUGUUCUUCCCAAAGAGUGGUGAAUCUGUGAAAUUCUCUGUGCAGGGAAGCAGUUGAGGCUUCCUCACUAAAUAUAUUUAAGAAACAGAUAGGUUUUUACAUAGUAAGGGAAUUAAGGGUUAUGGGGGAAAGGCAGGUAGAUGGAGCUGAGUUUACGGACAGAUCAGCCAUGAUCUUAUUGAAUGGUGGUGCAGGCUCGUUGAACUGGAUGGCCUACUCCUGCUCCUAUUUCUUAUGUUCUUGUAUUCUUAAAUGUCCUGUAUAGUGGGAAUUUCACAUCUACAGAUGCACUGGACUGACUGCACCACUCUCUGCAGAGCUCAGCCAUUGAGGGAAGUACAGUUCUCAUACCAAGCAGUGAUGCAGCCAGUCAGGAUGCUCUCAAUUGUGCCUCAGUAGAAAGUCCUUAGGAUUUAGGGACUCGUGCCCAACUUCUUCAACCGUCUGAGCUGAAAGAGGUGCUUGUACUUUUUUUUCACCACACAGUCGGUAUGUACAGACCAUGAGAUCCUCGGUGAUGUGUAGGCUGAGGAACUUAAAGCUGUUCACCCUCUCAACCCCAGAUCCAUUGAUGUCAAUAGGGGUUAGCCUGUCUCCGUUCCUCCUGUAAUCCACAGCCAGCUCUUUUGUUUUUGCGACAUUGAGGGAGAGCUUGUUUUCUUGACACCAUUGUGUCAGGGUGAUGACUUUUUCUCUGUAGGCUGCCUCAUUAGUAUUUGAGAUAAGGCCAAUCAAUGUAGUAUCAUCUGCAAAUUUUAUUAGCAGAUUGGAGCUGUGGGUGGCGACACAGUUAUGGGUGUACAGAGUAAAGGAGAGGGCCUAGGACACAGCCCUGAGGGACACCUGUGUUGAGGGACAGAGGUGAGGGAGCCCACUCUUACCACCUGCCAGUGAUCUGACACCAGGAUCCAGCUGCACACUGCAGGGUGAAGGUCGAGGUCUCUGAGCUUCUUGUCAAGCCUGGAGGGAAUUAAUGGUGUUGAAUGCUAAAAUGGCAGUCCAAGAACAGCAUUCUCACAUAAGCACCCUUCUCCAGAUGUGUAAGGACAGUGUGUAGAGCAGUGGCUAUUGCGUCAUCUGUCGAUCGGUUAUGUCGGUAGGUUUAUUGUAGUGGGUCCCGUGUGGGUGGUAGCAUGCAGCAGAUAUUUAUAUUGUAAGUACAUGCUGGUAUUUAUGUACAUUUGAUUCCAUAUGCAUAAUUUAAUCUCUAACUUUAUUUCUAUAUAAUAUAGAAAAUAUUUAAUAAUAGUAUGUAUAUAAAUUUGAUUCUUUAUUCUUUGUAAGCAUUGAAUAUUGUUUCUCAUUGCCCAUUGUGCCCUGAUGUCCACACCACAACGGAUUCCUAAUACAUGUAAAUGUAUUUGUAAUUGGCGAAUAAAGUUGAUCCUGGUCCUUGAUUUGUUUUGGCCCUCAACAGUGACCUUCAACCACAUUGAGAGUGGUGUCUCAUCAUGUUGUCAAAGUUAAUCACCAACUAUUGUCAAUGUAGUUGAUUGGCAUGGUUGAUUCUCGAAGCAAAUGCAGUAGCUAGCAUGAAGAGAGGCCAAAGCAACCCCAUAGCCCACUUGAGGUUCUGCUAGAGUGAAUAUUUGUGUUGGUAGGUCAGCACAAGUUCUGUAUAUUUGCUCUGAGUAUGUUGUGUGGGCCAAGAGCCCCAUCACACAGAAUAUGCAUUCACUCAGACAAUGAGUCCUGCUGAAGAUGACAGAGAUAUCAUCUAAAUUUUGACCUUGUUCAUUUGCAUUAGUGUAGCUAAUCCCUUUCCGAGACCAUUCACUAUCCAUCCUACGACCUAAGGUUUAGUUUCGCUGUCCUUUGUGCAGAUUUUGCAUCUAAGCUGUGAUCUGUUCUGGAGGUUGGUGGCCAGACAUGUGCUCUGGUAGGCCAUUACAUAGACCAUGUAUUUGCUUUGGUGGUCCAUGGCGUUGACUCAGGUGAUCUCUCACCUCAACUUUGCUGCCUUCUGUCUGGUAGCUGAUCUUACAGGCACUGGAUUUCCCCUGGUAUUCCAUUCCACCAAGCGUGCACGCAAUACUACAAUGGGCCAACAUGUCUAUACUGACUGCAUCACAGCCUGUUAAGGAAACACCAAUGCCUUUUUGAAUAGAAAACAUAGUUGAUACAACCCAGUCCAUCAUGGUUAAAGCCUUCCCCAUCAUUGAGCACAGCUACAGGGAACACUGUCACAGGAAAACAAGACCUCCACCGUCCAGGUUAUGCUCUCUUCUCGCUGCCGCUGUCAGGAGGAGGGUAUUGCAGCUUCAGGACCCACACCACCAGGUUCAGAAACAGUUAUUACCCAAUCAUCUGGCUAUUGAAUCGGGGGGAUAACUUCACUUGGCCCAUUAUUGAACUGUUCCUCAUAACCUAUGGACUCACUUUCAAGGACUCCUCAUCUUAUGUUCUUGAUAUUUAUUUAUUAUUAUUUUAUUUAUUUUUUUAAUUUUGUAUUUACAGUGUUGUCUUUUGCACAUUGGUUAUUGUCCAUCCGAUUGGAUAGGUCUUACAUUGAUUCUAUUGUGUUUCUUGUAUUUACUGUGAUUGCCAACAAGGAAGUGAAUCUCAGGUUUGUAUAUGGUGAGAUAUAUGUAGUUUGAUAAUAAAUUUACUUUGAACUUUUGAACUUUGGUGGCUGUCACACUGGUUAAUCAUUCAUCCUGGUGAUCUAUAUCACAGACGUAGCAUUAACUCCAUCAGGUCUUUGCUUUGGCAGUCUUCUACGCUGCCUCAGUCGUCACUCUGAGAUUUCAAGAUAGAGACUAUACACGUGUUCUGUAGUACAUUGCACCCGUUAUGCGAUCUGUCUGCGCAGUCGGUGUGUUUGUCUUGGCUGCCAGUAGUGGAGCAGCCAAUUUGAUCAGAUGGCCUUUGGAUGGACUGUGUGUAUAUUCUGACAAUCAAUUUUACUUUAAAAAAAACACAAGAAGCUGCAGAUGGUGGGGUCCAGAGCGACAAAUGAUCUGCUGGAGGAACUCUGGCAGAAAUGUAGAUGGAAAUGGACAGCCGACAUCAGAAUCAGAAUCAUUGAUAUAUAUAUAUAGUGAAAUUUGUGUUUUUUGGCAGUACAGUGCAAGGCAUAAACGUCACUAUUAAUUACAAGUAAAUAGUUAGAUAGACAGAUACACAAACAAUAAAGAGUAAAAAAGAGGUAUGGCAAGGUUCGUGGACCAUUCAGAAAUCUGAUGGCAAAGGGGAAGAAGCCAUGGGCCUUUAGGCUCAGUUACCUCCUCUCUGAUGGUAGUAAUGAGAAGAGGGCAUGUCCCAGAUUGUGGGGGUCCUUAAUGCACUGCUUUUUGAAGAUGCCCUUGAUGGUGUGGAGGCUUAUACCCAUGAAGCAGCUGGCUGACUUUACAACUCUGCACAAUCCUGGGCAUUGGAGCCUCCAAACUAGGUGGAGAUACAACCAGUCAGAGUGCUCUCCAUGGUACAUCCAUGCAAACAUCCUGAAGUCUGGUGACCUUUCAUCUGGACUCAGUAGUGUGAAAGCUUUGUCCACUUUGAUAGUCCAUUGUCCAAGAACUGAUUGUGGACCUCAGGAAGGAUAAGGCAAGGGAACAUGAAUCAAUCAUAGGAGGAUCAGAAGUGGUGUGAGUGAGCAAUUGCAAGUUCCUGGGUGUCACGAUCUCUAACCUGGUCCCAACAUGCCAAUGCAAAGAAGGCAAGGUAGCGGCUAUAUUUCAUUUGGAGUUUGAAGAGAUUUGGUUUGUCACCUAAAACACUCAAAAACUUCUACAAAUGUACCGUGGAGAGCAUUCUGACAGGCUGCACCACUGUCUGGUGAAGUGGGGUGGGGGCUAUUGCACAGGACUGAAAGAGGCUACAAGAAAGUUGUAAAAUGAGUCAUCUCCUCUAUACUAGCCUCUAUAGUAUCCAAGACAUCAUCAAGGAGACAUGCCCCAGAAAAGCCGCGUCCAUUAUUAAGGACCCCCAUCAUCCAGGACCUGCUUUAUUCUCAUUGUUACCGUCAGGAAGAAGGCACGCACUCAGUGAUUCAGGAGUAGCUUCUUCCCAUCUGCCAUCCAAUUCUGAAAUGGAUGUUGAACCCAUCGAUGAACACUACCUCACUUGUAAAAAAAUAUUUUUUCUGUUUUGUGCUUUUUAAAACUAUUUAAUAUACUUAUAUAUAAUUACUGUAAUUGAUUUACAGUACUUUUCUCCCCUUCUAUAUUAUCAUGAAUUGCAUUGUACUGCUGCUGCUAAAUUAACAAAUUCCACAACAUGUGCCGGUGACAAUAAAUCUGAUUCUGAUUCUGAUUCAUUGCACAGACUGUGUCUUUGUUCUGCUGGCUCAUCAUGAGACUAAGCAUUCAGUCUAAUACUCCAAGCUCAGGCUAAGCUUUCACCACAGUGCUUCAUCAUUCCAUGUCCACUUUGCAUUCCAAUGGACCAUUGUGAAUUUGAGAGUUUUUUUCUGAAUCACUAAGGAAACUAUUUGGAAAAGGACAACCUGGAAGAAGUUGAAAGUCUUAGAUACAAUAAUGUUACAUCCUUUUUAACUGAAGCCAAAGCAAUCCUCCACCCAUUACUGAACCUCAUUAAGACUCAACCUGAAAUUCAAGCACUUUAGUUUCCUUUAUAAAGAAAGGCUCACUUAAAUUUCAUUUGCUGAUCCUGGAAAUUGUUUGUUGCUUUCUUUCACAUUGUAGCAGCAAGAGCACUAAACAAU